CCGUCGCCGAGUCUCGGGCUCUUGGCUCACGCGGCGCGGCUCCUCAGGCCCCACCCACCCCCACACCCACGCGCCCGGCGGCGUGCUCUCUGCUCUCUGCUGUCUGCUCUGCACCCAGGACCUUCGGCCACAGGAGCUCAGCCCUAUCCCUCGACGGUGCUCGCGGCGGCUCGACCCUUCCCCAUCUCCAGCUGCACGCGGUCUCCACCGCCUGGAAUCCAGGGCCUCCGACGCCACCCCACCUCCACCGCCUGGAAUCGAGGACCGUCGGCGCCGCCGUCCCCUGCCUGCUGCCUCGACUCAACUGUGUCAGGGUAUUUGCAAACGGUGACAAAGGUUCUGCCUUGCCUUGCUGUGGAGCCAUGGCUGCAAAGAUACGCGUGGUGAUGAAGUCUUUUAUGAGCCAAAGCAACCAGGUCGUAGGGCUUCUGCCAUUCACAAAGAAGGUCGGACUACCUGAAUCGCGAGCCUUGUACACCGUGCUGCGGUCGCCGCAUAUCGAUAAGAAGUCCAGGGAACAGUUCUCGAUGCAUGUCAAGAAACAGUUUGUGGAACUGACAGCCAAACCGCACGAGCUCCACAAGAAGUUCUUCUGGCUAAAACGCCUGCGCAUACCUGGGGCCCAGUACGAGGUGCAGAUUUCUUUCAAGACACGCCUGGAUAUGGCGAGCCUAAGGUCCCAGGCUCCUUGAUGGCUCACGAUGAUCGUUCUUAUCGUCCCGCGAAAGUUUGAAGUGCUGAGACUGGUACUCAGAACUUGUAUCCAUCAACAUUUCAUAUGAAGACAUGCUUAUUUUGAUGACUUUCGAAAAAUGUAGCUGCUAACUAUUUCCAGUGCAGUUUUGAGUGCUUAUGGCUUGAUUCACACAAAUGUAGCUGCUACGUUCAGAAAUAAAAAAAUUAUGGAAAUACAGCAUGAUAUCGCUUGAUUCA